AUGAUAAUUCUUUUGAUUCUUAUAAUUUAAACAUAUGGAAGAAAUUUAUAAGGAGGAACUCCAUAAAAAAAAGGAGAGAAAUGGGAUCAAUCUAAUUAAGCAUUAGAUUAAAUUUUCGAACAUUUAGCAAACAAUUUAACUUAAUAACAAGAAGAGGAAUUAGAAUUAAUUGAAGGGUAUAUUUUCAAUGAAGGUGUUCUAUAUUAUAAUCAAGCUACUUAAGAAGAAAAAUAAAAGAUUUUCCUUUCUCUUAUUGGAAUGGUUGGGGAACUUGAAAAAGAGAAUGAACAAGAACAUUCAAAACUAGAAAAGGAUAUAUAAUAUUUUAGUCAACUAAAUAUAACAGAUAAGAAUAUUGUAAUGACAAAGAUUUCUCAAAAUUUAGAUAAAACUUUAAUAGAUUCCUCUAAGGAAUUUAAUAGUAAAGUGGUUUUAUAGAUCAUCAAAAAGGAAAUUGAAAAUUUUUAAAGUAACCCUGAUCGCAGUACUAAUGCAACAUGGGAUAUUUUAGAAUAUAAAAUGAUUUAAGAGAAAAAUGAAUAGGAAUUGAUGGAAAUAGAAUAUUAGAUAUAGGAGUUUUUAGAUUAGGGUUUAUCAAUAGAAAAAAUUCGAGAAAAGUUAACAGAAUUCAUUGAUUAUUUCUUUGCCAAUUCUACAUUAUUAGAUGAUAAUAACAAUAGUAUAGAUGAAAUAAUUAAUGAUGUAAAGUAAUAGGAAGAGCAAAGUUAGCCAACCUAGGAAAUGAAAUAAUAUAGAUAAAAGGUUAGAGAAUUGAUUAGAGAAUUAUUGAAGUAAGGUAAAACUGAGGAAGAAAUCUAAAAGGAAGUUGAUGAUUAUUUAAGUAAGAAUGGUGUUAAUGAUUUGAGUGAUGAAGAAAGAAAUUUAAUAAAAUUAAUUAUUUAAAAAGAAAUAAUGAGGAAUAAAAGACAACAAGAUUAUUUAAAUGAUGAUGAAACCAAAAUAACAUUCAAAAAUCAAAAUAAUAUGUAUUACAUUUAUUUAGGAAUAUUUACAUUAAUUUUAUUAAUAUCUUUAGUAGUAUUUUUGAUUAGAAGACAAAAAAUGAAAUAAAAUCAAAGAAAAUAGAUUGGAUUUAGAAUAUAAGACAAUGCUUAAGAUGUUGAACAAAUGGAAUGA